CAAACAUAUUACCUAGCGAAACAUGCUCGGCUUUCAUCGAGUAUAGGUAGCUUUCUUUUAUGUAAAACGUAAUCCACAGUGACUUAAGAUAUUUAUCAUUAUAAUCUUUGAGAGAUAACGCUACUUUUCCGUUAAACUACACACGUAUUUUAUGACAAGGUGUCCACGUUUAACAAGGUUGUGAUCCAGAAGCAUGCUAACUAGCUGAAGCUACCGGUUACAUACUGUGUAAUGCCAUGUUGACUGAACUAUUGCAAGGCACUGACAGUGGAGGGCUACUCAUAAUACAAGAUUCUUGUAGUUACUCUGGACGACACCUCCUGAAGAGCUUCAUCAAUGCUGCUUUAAACAGGGGGGAAGUUGUACAUGUCCUCGGCUUUGAAGUCAGUGAAGAAGAGCUGAAAGAUGGACUGAAAACAUCAGCGACUGAGAGGUUACACUUUCAUGAUGCCUACACAGACCCUCUUGGGUGGACUCAUCACCCAGCUUUCACAGUUCAUCAGUUCUCUCCAGUGGAACUUACACAUCUGGUCAAGCAAACAUCGCACCCUAAAGCAGCUACGUUAGUUAUCGACUCUCUGUCGUGGAUAUUGAGACACGUUAGUCUGCCUGAUGUCUGCAAGACUCUUCAGCAGCUUAAAAAAGGGGGAGCUGUGAGAGCUAUUAUCGGUCUGCUCCAUGCAGAUAUGCACCAGAGGGGUGCUGUGGGAACUCUCUGCCACUUGGCUACUUCAGUCAUCACCGUAACAAGUGGAGCGAAGGGAGAUGAAGCACUGGCCAAGUUAACAAAGCGCUCGAAAUCGGGGAAAGUUAUGCAGGAUGAGGAAGUAUUCAGCAUCAAAGAGGAUCUUACGGUCACUGUUCUGAGCAGGUCCAGCCAUCAUGGACACAAACAGACUGACCCCGAGGAGGAGCAGACGGACCCAACAGCUAACUUGACCUUCAAUCUUCGACUCUCUGAUGCAGAGAGACAGGCAAAGGAGAAACUUGCACUUCCCUUUGUCUUCAGCAGAGAGAAGAAAUCCGCUCUGCUCCACUCAGGCCAGGGUUCAGGACGAAUCCUGUACGAGCCUGACGCCAACGACGACUAUGACCAGGAGGACCCUGAUGAUGAUCUUGAUGUGUAGAGUUGAGACAUGAAACCUUUCGAAGACACAGGCCGUCUAUGCUUCAUCUAACUUUUUCAUUAAAGACGCUGAGUCAUUUCAGUAUUGAAGCCUUUUUCCUUGAAGUCACAGAGAAUAUGUACAAUAAUGUCCAGUAUUUCUGUAAGAAAUCCUUUGAAUAUUUACAAAAUGGUUUCAUGCAAGAGUUUUGAAGUUAUUUUUGACCAUCUUUUUUUCUUACUGAUUAAAAUGUUUUUGUUUAUUUUA